AUGAUUCGACCUAAAAUUUCCGACAGCCUUGCCAGGCUCCGAUUUCUGGAUUUGGAGGUGCCUCAAACAUCAUUCUGUCGGCUAGCCCACACUCCUUCUACUCUUCCAGACAAGAUCAAGAAGCGAAUUGCAGAGGGACCUGGCUUAGAACAUUUCAUCUCUGAAUCAACUGAGAAUAUAAAUGAAAGUAGUGAGGAUUAUCAAGGAAAACUUCGUCGGGCUAAAGGUGAUGGAGACAGAUUGCGUUUGCCGCCCUGGUUGAAAACUAAGAUCCCAACUGGUCAAAAUUUCAGUCGUAUCAAGGAGCAGCUACGAGGAUUGAAUUUGCACACCGUGUGUGAGGAAGCUCGUUGCCCUAACAUUGGAGAAUGCUGGGGCGGUGGAAAACAUGGAACAGCUACUGCCACCAUCAUGCUGCUUGGAGACACCUGCACAAGAGGAUGUCGGUUUUGCUCUGUCAAAACUGCUCGUAAACCACCACCACCUGAUGCAAAUGAACCUGUGAACACGGCAGGUGCCAUAGCUUCAUGGGGAUUAGAUUAUGUUGUUUUGACAUCUGUCGACAGAGAUGAUUUGGAAGAUGGUGGAUCCAAUCAUUUUGCAGAGACUGUGAGGGAAAUAAAAAGGCUCAAUCCUGAAAUUUUAGUGGAAUGUUUGGUGCCUGACUUUAGAGGAAAUCAAGAUCAUGUGAAAACAAUAGCUUUGUCAGGCCUUGACGUAUUUGCGCACAAUAUUGAGACUGUGGAGAUUUUGACACCAUUUGUUCGUGAUAGGAGGGCCCAUUACAGGCAAUCGCUUACAGUUUUGAAAGGAGCUAAGGAGGCAAAUCCGGAUCUUAUAACAAAGUCAUCUAUAAUGCUCGGUCUCGGAGAGACAGACGAACAAGUUCAACAGACAAUGAAAGAUCUGCAUGAUGCCGGAGUGGACUGUGUUACCCUAGGACAAUACAUGCAGCCAACAAAAAAGCAUUUGAUGGUUGUUGAGUACGUAACACCAGAGAAAUUCAAGCAUUGGGAAAACAUUGGAAAUGAGAUGGGAUUCUUAUACACAGCAAGUGGACCUUUAGUUCGUAGUUCCUACAAAGCAGGAGAAUUCUUCAUUUCUAGUAUAUUGCGCAAGAAACGAGCUAUGAAAGAGUAGAAUUUAGUCACACAUUGUUAACCCAUUUCUACUGCAAAGUUCAAAUUAUUGUUGUCUGUUACUUCUGAAUAUUCCUUUGAUGUUCCUAGAGUCAAUGUUUUAUUAUUAUUUUUCUUUUUCUAAUUUUAAGGUAUGGUUUGCUGAGGUAAGCAAGGAAAAUAGAACAAGUCAACAUUGCUGAUA